AACUGGUCGAACAGUAGCAGUCGACUGGCACCAUUUGGAACAAUAACAAGGGCGAUAAGAGUGGUGCGUCAAGCGGUUAUAAAUUCGAUUCUAAAAAAAGGAACCCAACGCCCGUCAGCUCAAGUGAUCAGAUUGCGUAUCGUUUGAGAACUUUCAAUUUACCGCAGCCUACCAUUAUUCCGAAACUAUUUUGAAAUAUAUUCGCAGAGCGUGUCCAGGAAUUCUUAGAAUAUGUAGGACGUAAUGUCGGUUAAUGGAACGUGGGAACGGUGUAAUAUGAUCUGUAUGCAAUGAAAGAAAAGGGGUCCCCGGACGAAAUAUACCUAUAAUUUUCGCGUUCUAAUUUUAAGUUGUAGAACCUUGCUGCCAAAUAUCUGCAUAAGUAUAGUAGUCCUAUGUUCGAGGAGUGACGAGUGACUCGUCAUGGUUCUCACCACAAAGGGGAAAUACACAGUGUUGCGUUUUAUUCUUAUCAGCUGAGCGCGGAAGGUAUAAAUCGCGAGUGGAGUGAUGUGUUUCUCAUAGAAUCAAACUUAUAUGCGAGGAUGCUGAUCGUGAGUGUAAUCUUAUAACAGUGUUCGAUUUGUGAACGAGAAAUUCACUUGGCGAACACGAGCGAAUACGUACGCGGUGAAUAACGCGGCAAAAUAAGAAAAUAUUGUCGGGAUAGCGAAAUAACUGCAUGACAUUUGAAAAUAGAUCAACGUCGACAAGUGACAAUGUCGCGAGUUUCCUUAAAUAAAACCCAGUUCGGCCAAUAUGGUUCUCGUCGCGUACGAAAAAUAAGCACGACGGAGAGUGAAUAUUCGGUCGAGGAACAAUCUCGAUUGACAGGAGCAGAUGGAGGAGUCGACGAAGUUUCCCCUGAAGACGAGGGCUCCUUGUGCGAAUAUCACGACAUCCCACCCCCGCCGGACGGCGGCUAUGGGUGGGUUGUUGUAUUCGCCUCGUUUAUGUGCAACAUGAUCGUGGAUGGCAUUGCUUACACCUUUGGAGUAUUUUUGAAUGAAUUUGUCAACUAUUACGAAGAAGGCAAAGGCAGGACGGCAUGGGUAGGGUCUUUACUCUCUGGCAUAUACCUCAGCGCAGGUCCAGUCGUCAGUGCCUUAACGAACAAGUACGGCUGCAGAGCUGUAUGCAUGGCUGGAAGCCUUUUUGGAGCGACUGCAUUUGCUCUAUCGACACUUUCAUCCUCUGUUAAUAUGUUGAUGCUAACGUAUGGAGUAUUGGGAGGUAUCGGCUUUGGUCUAAUCUACCUACCGGCAGUCGUGUGCGUUGGUUAUUACUUUGAAACUAAAAGAUCGUUGGCGACAGGGAUCGCAGUUUGUGGUUCGGGAGUAGGUACCAUUGCUUUUGCCCCUUUAGCAACGAUGUUAAUUAAUGCUUACGGUUGGAAAGGAGCCAAUCUGAUUUUAGCCGCCCUCAUCUUAAAUUGUGCGGUUUUUGGCGCAAUGAUGAGACCUCUGGAAUACCCAAAAGUAUCGUCUGUUAAGCCGUUGCUGCAGCGAAUGGCAGAAGAGAAACGGUUUCAGAUGGAGCGUGGCAGUAUAGGAGGAUCCUAUUUCAUGGUACAGUUACCAGAUGGAUCGAUGGAGAAAAGGAUGAAAAUGCCCAUUAACAUUGACCCAGGAGUACACUCCAGCUUCAAUCUAGAUCAGCUAGUACCAGGUACUCCAUUAACUCCCGUACCAACUGUGCCAACUUUGCCUACCAUUUCGGAGGUAAAGGUACAGGAGCAAUCGUCGUCAGGGGGGACAUCCGCAAGCGGAAGCGUAGAUUUGAAAAAUGCUAUAAACAAGAGCAAGAGCCGCAAAGCAAUUGAGGAAGGAAAAGAAUCCAAAGAUGUUCAAACCCAGGAAAAACCGGAGAAUAUUGAGUUCAACAAGGCAAAUAUUCCACGCAAUGCCUCCCAGCCAGCAUUCACCACUCAUGUACAAGGUCUACCAAAAAACGGUUCGGUCCCAUUCUUUGACAGAAUUCGGAAAACCAGUACUGGCGAGAGGUACAAGCCAAGCCUCAGCGCCAUCAAGAAUUCCCGUACUACGCUCAACUCUAAUGGCGAUAUAAGACGGAGUCUCCACUUGAGAUUAUCCGCCAGCAGCAUGCUUGGAUCACGUAACAAUAAUGCCGAAUGCGAUGAUGGCGAAAGCAUCACGUUUACCACGAGCAAAUCCAGCAUACCUAAGGAAAAGCCAAUGAUGAUUCGACCAUUGUCGAGAAGGGAUAUAUUCUACAGUGGUAGUGUCCUCAAUUUGGCUGAGUGUCAGAGCCAAAAAUCUCUUGCAAAUUACCGGCAAAGUAUCAUUUCAUUGCCAAAAUCCGUACGUGGAGACACCCGUGAUGGCGACCCGGAGAAGGGACCACAGCAGCCACUUUGCCCCUGCCUAGUUCUGCCUGAGUCUUUUACCGAAGCUCUUGCUACAAUGAUGGACAUGUCUCUACUCAAGAAUCCGGUAUUUCUCUUGAUCGGUAUUAGCAAUGUAUUCGGCAUGGCUGGACUUUACGUGCCGUUCGUUUAUCUGGUGGAUGCUGCCAAGUCACAUGGAGUCGAUGCAAGUUUAGCACCGUUGCUGUUGUCAAUUAUUGGAAUCACGAAUACAGUGGGACGUGUGGCGUGUGGCUAUAUAGCAGACUUUCCGCAAGUUGAUUCAUUGCUAAUGAAUAACAUUUGCUUGGUUGUUUCGAGUAUUGCGGUUGGAGCCACACCUUUUUGUAGCUCAUUUGCUGCUUACAUAGUGAUGAGUAUCUUUUUCGGACUUGCUAUAUCUGGAUACAUUUCGCUGACCUCAAUUAUUCUGGUGGAUCUACUCGGCUUGGACAAACUUACAAACGCGUUCGGCCUUCUAAUCCUAUUCAGAGGUGCCGCUGCUAUCGUUGGAUCUCCGCUUGCUGGUGCCAUAUACGAUGCGACGAAAAGCUAUGAUAUUUCAUUCUACAUGGCAGGAUUCUUCUUUUUCAUUAGUGCAGCAACCAGCUUCAUGGCACCAGCUAUGAAGAGAUGUACUACGCCUCAGGCCCAACCCGUCGUCAUGGAUACGUUAACGCCUAUUGACGAAGAUAUUGAAGAGGAAAAUGAAGAUGAUAUCCCAGAGAUCGUUGAGACGGCUGCGUCACCUCAAGAACCGCAAGAAAAGGAAAUCAAACAGAUUGAAUCUGUUUUAUAAUAAUUGCCGAAAGCCUUCAAGUGCUUUAUUCCUUCGACGAGCGUCCCAGUUUGAUAGUCAAUGCAAGGCGGAUAAACUGUUAAAGAAAUUUCGCAAUGAAUUUGGAACUCGAUUUUUAUAGUCACUUAAACAUUGAACAAGCAGAACGAUGUGCUUAAUUGGACUUGCAAGCUGAAAGAAGUGUACGUUAACGUACCUGAUGUGAAGAAUGUUGCAAAUGUUACGGAGAUUGCGUUCAGUUUACAACCUUCUAUUAAUUCAUAUGUCAGCAAACGGGUACACACUUGUGGAGCUUGUACGGCAAUUAUUAUUUAUUUUAUACUGUGAUCGAGAUAAUCGAGAAAUAUAUAAAAUAUUAACUUAGAAAAAUUUUUUGUGAGACACAGGUUGAACGAGGGAAGAUUAAAUGGGUGAGUGAGAGAGUGAGCGUGCGAAACGACAAAAAAAAGAGAGAGCAAGUCGCGGUGAGGGCGAGGUAGACCGAAACAGAUAAAUUUUUACGCUCGAGUGUAUCCAGUUUUCUUGAUAGUAUGAAUCUCAAAAUGAUGAAGAGAAGGAGGUAGAAGGUUUGCGAAGGAG